UCCCCCGUGCAGGCUGAGUGACUGAUGAGCUUGAUUGCUGAUUGACAGCAUCUGAGUGUGUCGGAGAGCUGCAUAAAACAGCACCUCAAGUCUUGCUUGAUGAGCACACCGACCACGUGUAAAGCUCGUCAUUUGCGGGUGACAUCUUAGCUUCAGUAUGGCAGGAAAGAAGGUAUUGAUUGUGUAUGCCCACCAGAGCGCUGGCUCAUUCAACGCUGCAGCUAAAGAUGCUGCCAAGGAGGCUUUAACAGCUCAGGGCUGUACAGUUGAAGUGUCUGACCUGUACGCCAUGAAGUUUAAAGCCACUGCUACUGCUGAGGACAUCAUUGGAGAUGUCAAGAACGCAGAUCACUUCUGUUAUGCGGAGGAGACCAAGGUGGCGUGGGAAGCAGGAAAACUGUCAGAUGACAUCACCGAAGAACAGCGCAAGCUCACUCAGGCAGACCUCGUCAUCUUCCAGUUCCCCAUGUACUGGUUCUCUCUCCCUGCCAUCAUGAAGGGCUGGAUCGACCGGGUGCUCACGCUGGGUUAUGCCUUUUCACAGGAGAAGCGAUACAGCCAGGGUGUCUUCAAGGACAAGAAAGCCCUGCUGUCCUUCACCACUGGGUCUCUUGAGUCCAUGUUCAGUGCAAACGGCAUUAAUGGAGACAUGAAUGUCACACUGUGGCCACUGCAGAAUGGCAUCCUGCACUACUGUGGCUUCCAGGUUCUGGCUCCUCAGAUCUUCUGGGCUCCUUCUCAUGUUCCCCCUGAGGUACGCAGCACCAUGCUGGAGGGCUGGCGUAAACGACUGGAAGGUGUCCUGGGAGAAGAACCUCUUGCCUUCACGUCUAUGGACUGCUUCGACAAGGAGAAGGGUUUCCAGCUGAAACCGGAGUUCCAUGAGGAGCACGCUGCCAAGGAGUUUGGCCCAACGGUGGGGACCCACCUGGGCAAGCCGCUACCACCAAACCAGAUGAGGGCUGGAGUCUGAAGACGGCACUUUUCAGUGUCGGGUCUUGUCUCUGUCCUGUGUCUGUCUGAUCAAUAAAAGCUGACAAAAUAUG